AUGGUAUCACUCGAAUCAGUGCAGCAACAUAAUGCCAGCCUGAAGGAUUUUGGCCCGAAUCUAGUGGCAGUCUUUGUCGGUGGGACCAGCGGGAUUGGGGAAUCAACUGCCCGUGCAUUUGUUCGGAAUACUGAUUCUUCUCGGGUCUAUCUUGUCGGGCGCAAUGAAUCCCAGGCCUCUAAGAUUAUCGAGGAACUUCGUCAACUCGACCCGGAUGGCCAAAUCAGUUUUGUUCAAUGCGAUGCUACAAGAUUGCACAGUGUGGAUGACGCUUGCAAGUCCAUCCAGGAGAAGGAAGAGAAAGUCAACCUACUCUUCAUGACGGUCGGCACAAUGACAACGAAGGGGCGAGAUGAAACGGAUGAGGGGCUCGAUAAGAAGCUUAGCCUUCACUAUUAUUCCCGGAUGCGUUUUGCAACAAAUUUACUGCCUCAAUUGACCCGCGCUGCAAAUGUCAGCGACACUAGUAAACAAGGAUUAGGUGGCAAUCUGUCGCGGGUUGUGUCUGUGCUGUCUGCAGGUUAUGAAACAUCCCUUCAGUUGGAUGAUCUAGAUCUGAAGACUCAUUACUCCCUCCGCAAUUGCAGUAGCCAUGCGAUCACCAUGAACACCCUGUUCGUGCGAGAGCUUGCGGCGGCACAUCCCGCGACGACAUUUAUCCAUGCCUAUCCAGGCGGCGUGAAGACUGGGCUCAUGCGAGAAUUUGGCCCCCUUACCCGGGCUGCAAUCAGUGCACUGGCAAUUCUGGCCAAACCCUGGAUGGUGCCAUUGGAUGAAAGUGGUCAGCGACAUCUGUAUGCCUCAACUAGUCCACGAUUCCCACCGCGAGCCUCGGGAGAGGGCCCUGAUGUUGCAAAUGGGGCAGACGGCAAACAGGGCAGCGGGGCGUAUCUAUUAUCGUGGGAUGGAUCCAUUACUGGUAAUAGAAAGAUUCUGGAAGCGGCUGACGAGAAUGAAACGGGAAAAUUAGUGUGGAAACAUACAUGGGGGAUCUUCCAGUCGAUCUGUGGCGGUAACUAA